UAGGCAACCACAGGUGCUUUCAAUGAGAGCGGGAUGCGAACAUAUUUUAAUAAUUAAUGUGUUUUAGGUGGUGUAAACUGCAAGAUGGACAGAAAACCAGGACACCUACCUAAGGAUGUCCGCCAAGCGGUCGAUUCGUUAGUUUGGGUGAAGAUCGUCGGAAUAGGCAGCACUGCUGUUGGCAAGACGUGUCUCAUCAAACACUUCUGUGAAAGCAAGGAAGGGAAGACACGUGCACGAGAGGCAGCCAUAGCAACAGAGAGCCAGGAUGACCAGUUCAACACCGGGUACCAGCCGACUGUUGGGGUAGACUAUGGAUUUAAGAUACACGAAGUAGAAGGGAUUGAUCUCCGGGUUCACCUGUGGGAUUUGUCCGGCAGUACGGAGUACAUGGAUGUUCGGAACGAGCUGUACGGAGGAACAGAUGCCAUAUUCUUGGCCUAUGACGUCACAAAUGUGGCAACGUUCGAGACCCUCGACUCAUGGAUGAGAGAAGUUAAAAAAUAUUCCUCGGGCACGCCCGAAAUCGUCAUCGUAGCCAACAAGACAGAUUUGAAGCAGAAGCGAAGUGUGUCGGCGGCUGAAGGCAAAAAGUGGGCUUCCCAGUACAAAAUGAGGUACUACGAGACUUCGGCAGCGACGGGCGAGGGCGUGGUUCAGCUGUUCGGCGAUUUGUUGCAGGGCGUCUACAACCGGAGGGGAGGGGGUAAGCCGAACGCCGCGUGGUCACAAAAGUGGGAUGCCCAAGCGCUGUCCGAACUGUGUAACCCCCUCCCAGACAAAGACAGGGGGAAGUCCGCCCGGGUCUGACCACUGGUCACACGAGAUAAGACAUGGAAAACCCAUUUGGAACAAGACCCAUUGGUUAAGGAGAAUGUGUAAGUUCACCGAUGAUCAGAUUCGCUGAUGGUAGCUGUCAGUGGACGUUGCUGUGGCUGAUGGGGAUGGAAACAUUAAUCGGCCACUUAUGAGAAGGGGAAAAUCAUUGAUCGACAGCCUAUCAGAUGGGCGGAAUCACCGAUUGACAAGUGGUCGGAUGGAAUCAUUGACAACUGUUCAGAUCAUGGAAUUAUUGAUUCACAACUGAUCAGGUGGAUUGAAUCAUCGAUUGCAAACUGAUCAUAUCAUGGAAUUAUUGAUUCACAGCUGAUCGGGUGACGGAAUCAUCGAUUGCCAACUGAUCAUAUCAUGGAAUUAUUGAUUCACAGCUGAUCGGGUGACGGAAUCAUCGAUUGACAACUGAUCAGAUCAUAGAAUUAUUGAUUCACAAUAAUCAGGUGAUGGAUCACGUGGCUGGAACUAUGAUGGAGAGAGAGGAACUGGAUAUGAAUAUUGGACAAACGGUUGUAGAAAUUCGGACGGCUUAAUGUAUCAUAAAUUGUGCCGUAGCCGUGUGUAUUGCCAUGGCUCGAUAAUUGCAAAUACGACAAUUAGGUGAAUGAAUGAACCAACCAAUUCAAGACUUCCACUUUGGAGCUGGUUACAUGACCUAAUGUGCUUCCGUUGUCCGUCUCGGCUACACGGAGCCCACUAAUUCUUCAGUGUUGUCUUCAUGUUAUAUGGCUGUGACUUACAGGCAAUAUGAAUUGACAUUUGGAACAUUAGUCAUGGUACAUAGUACCAACAGUAACAUCUGUUGGCCUCGCUGACAAACAGUUUUGUGUUUGAUCCAAGCCUGGUAAAGUAUGGAUGGCUGUGAUUUAUUUAAGGUCACACCAGCGUUGGAGCCCAAUAAUGCGUAUGUGACUGUAAACUCUCCUCACUGACUGACUUCUGUGACACUUGCAACUGACUUUACCAGCAGUUUUCCGAUACGGUUUGCAUGUGAGAAGCUUUCUGCAUGCCCUUGGUAACUUGUAUUAAAAUUUGAUAUUUUGAAAGUA